GUUAUCAGAUCGACUGUCUGCAAGUAUUGCAGUGUUUGUGUUCAAAUCACCCUUAUUUUCUAUCAUAAUGGCCCCAAAGCACAAGAGUAGUGAUGCUGAGAAUUUGGACAGGCCAAAGAGAAGCCGUAAAGUGCUUCCUCUAAGUGAAAAGGUGAAAGUUCUCGACUUAAUCAGGAAAGAAAAAAAAUCCUAUGCUGAGGUUGCUAAGAUCUACGGGAAGAAUGAAUCUUCCAUCCGUGAAAUUGUGAAGAAGGAAAAAGAAAUUCGUGCUAGUUUUGCUGUCUCACCUCCGACUGCUAAAGUGACGGCCACAGUGCGUGAUAAAUGCUUAGUUAAGAUGGAACAGGCACUGCAUUUGUGGGUGGAAGAGAUGAACAGAAAACGUGUUCCCAUUGACAGCAACGUGUUGCGCCAGAAAGCCUUGAGCCUAUACCAAGACUUCAGCAAGGGAUGCUCUGAAACUGACACCAAGCCAUUUACUGCGAGUAAGGGAUGGUUACACAGAUUCAGGCAUAGAUUCUCACAUCAUUACAAGAAGAAGAAGAAGAAGGCCUCUUUUAUUGGGAGACCUCUGAGUUUUGAUGUGUCAUGACAGAUAGGACAGGUCAUAUCCUGGUGAUUUGUGGUUCAUUGCUGGUGACAUCAGAAAAUAAAGUCAACCAGGAAAAAGACUCCAUGGGCCCGGCUCAGGUGGCUUCUGAAGCACCACCUCCAUCAAGGAGCUCUUCUGGGGUCCAUGUGGGCUCCAUGGUGCCUGCUCUCCCACUCAGGGUUGCUGUGCUUAUUAUACAAGAUGGCCAAUAAAGCAUAACAUAUUC